AAGAAGGCAUCCGUAUGGCUCAUAGAAAACACGAGUACUUCGCGUUCAGAAAAAAUUCAGAAGAAGACAGAUGAUGUGGAAAUUGAAUCGCGUAUCAUAGGCGGACAACCGGUUGAUAUACAAAACUAUCCUUAUAUUGUCUCGAUUCAGCAGAAUCCUCUGUCUCACAUUUGUGGAGCUUCUUACAUUCAAUCGAGAUUUCUUUUAACAGCAGCACAUUGUGUAGUCAAUGCCUAUUACAACGGUUACCCCUGGCAGAUACGACAAGCCUCAAGUAUGUUUGUACUCGCAGGAUCCAAUACAGUGCGGCAUCUGAGUUCUGACACCAGCCAAAUUCGCUACGUAGAUAAGGUUUUGCCACACAUUCUGUUUAGAUUCCAGCAUAUGUUUAAUGACAUUGCUCUUAUCAGGAUUACCAAACCCUUUAACAGAAAUGCAUAUGUACAGUUAGCACCACUACCAGUAAUAUUUGAUAACGAUUUAUUUAAGGGUGCUGUAGUAUGCACAGUUGCUGGAUGGGGCCAAAUUCGUCCUAAUAGUAAUAAAAACGCAGGCCAGUUUCUUCAGCAUGUUAAAGUACCCCUAAUUGAGACGAGUAAAUGCAAAGUAAGACCACUGUCCCUAUUUGCGAGUCUGUGUGCUGGAAAGCCAGAGGGUGGCGCAGAUGCGUGUCAGGGUGAUAGCGGAGGACCGUUAGUUUGCAAGGAUUUGGUUUUUGGGAUAGUAUCCUGGGGCUCUGGAUGUGCUCGACCACGAACACCAGGAGUUUACUGUAGAGUCGAUAGAUACUUAGAUUGGAUAAACAAAACCAUUGCAACAAAUUGUGCUGGAUUUGUCCUACUUAGGUUCUAUUAUAUAUUAAUAUUUUUACUGCUACAGAUAAUAAUACAUUAAUAAAGCAUGCUAUUCAAACAAUCUGAUUUUAUUAAUUCUUCUAUGUUUUUUCCAAAAAAAUGAACCUAAAAUUUAUUUCUAUGAGACAUAAUAUGCAGAAUAUCA